GUUUGGGAAUGAUGCAGACAAAAACGUGACACGAGACUUGAGAAGAGGGUUCUCGUUUUAGAAGAAGCGAAUAGAAUUGGCGUGUAAUUGGAAAACACAUCUGUGUCGAAGCCAAGAUGAGUUCGUUAAUGCCGCAGAAACGCUACUACAGACAGCGAGCACAUUCAAACCCGAUGGCACAUCAUACGUUGGAUUAUCCUGUGUGUCCAGAGGAGAUGGACUGGGUCCCGCUGUAUCCACAAUUCUUUAGUGGAGAGCAGUCUCAGGAAGGAACUCCACAAGUUGAGUUCGCAGACAUUGGGUGUGGAUACGGGGGACUUUUGGUGGAGUUAUCUCCACUCUUCCCAGACAAGCUCAUGCUGGGCCUGGAGAUCCGGGUGAAAGUGUCCGAUUAUGUCCAGGAUCGUAUCAAGUCAUUGCGUGACGCCAAGCCACGAAGCUACCAGAACAUUGCUUGCAUUCGCAGCAACGCCAUGAAGUAUCUUCCAAACUUCUUCAAGAAAGGACAGCUUAGUAAGAUGUUCUUCCUUUUCCCGGACCCUCAUUUUAAGAAGACCAAGCACAAAUGGAGGAUCAUCAGUCCCAUGUUGCUGGCAGAAUAUGCCUACACACUUAGAAUCGGGGGUUUGGUAUACACCAUCACAGAUGUGGAGGAGGUCCACCUUUGGAUGGUGAAGCACUUCAGUGAACAUCCAUUAUUUGCACGGGUCCCCGAUGAAGAACUGGUUGAUGAUGUCAUAAUUUCUCGUUUGGGUAUUUGCACAGAGGAAGGAAAGAAAGUGCAGCGAAACAGAGGGGAAAACUUUCCUGCUAUUUUCCGGAGGAUAGAUGAUCCAAGAUCAGACUAAACCCAUGGACAUUUAAUGAAUCCCAAUAACAGACUUUUGAUGUUCUUGGUGCAACAUGGAGGAUUAAACAAUCUUGUUGGAUGUCUUCUCCAGUUGCGACGUUGCGCUGCCGUGAGCCUUCAGAGGUGGUGUCUGUAGUUAUAAAAGAAAAAAAAUAUUUUUCAAUGUUUUGAUAAUUUUAUUUUUCUGAUUGUUUUCUUUGU